UUAAAAAAAAGAAAAGAAAGGGAGAGGCUGCUCCUAGGACAACAUGAACCAUUUCUCUAUAAAUUCAUGCAUGUCAUAUUCCAGUUUUGUGUCUUUCUCAUCACUGUCAUCAGCUAAAAACACAGUGUGGUAGACAAAGAAACACACUGAAAAGAAAAAAAAGAAGGAAAAAAAAAAAAAUCAUGGAAAGCCAACAACAUCAACAUGGUAGCGAUAUGAGUGUUGUAAUUCCAUCAACAUGGGGAAGUGGAAGCAACCGAAUAGCCUCCUUGAAGUCCCCCCCACCGCCUACUUCCGUCUCUAAUGACAACUCCGACAAAAACACUACCGACCACCAUCCCGACGAUGUCCAGAAACGUGGAUGGAGAAAGUUUCUGUCUUAUGUAGGCCCAGGAUUUCUUGUCUCUCUGGCAUAUCUCGACCCCGGAAACUUGGAAACUGAUCUGCAAGCUGGAGCUAACCAUGGAUAUGAGCUACUGUGGGUGAUCCUUAUCGGAUUGGUUUUUGCUCUCAUUAUCCAAUCACUUGCGGCAAACCUCGGUGUGACUACGGGGAAACAUCUUGCAGAGUUAUGCAAGGCUGAGUAUCCACUAUUAGUCAAGUACUGUUUAUGGUUAUUAGCAGAGCUUGCGGUCAUAGCUGCCGACAUACCCGAAGUGAUCGGAACAGCUUUUGCACUGAAAAUACUGUUCAACAUCCCCGUUUGGGUUCGAGUUCUGUUAACUGGUGGUAGCACUCUUCUCCUUUUGGGCCUUCAAAGAUAUGGGAUAAGGAAGCUGGAAAUGCUAAUAGCAGUUCUAGUGUUCAUAAUGGCUGCGUGUUUCUUUGGAGAGAUGAGUUAUGUGAAGCCGCCGGCAUCGAAGUUGUUGAAAGGGAUGUUUACACCAAAGCUCGGUGGCAAAGGAGCCACCGGCGAUGCCAUAGCCCUUUUGGGUGCCCUUGUUAUGCCGCAUAAUCUUUUUCUCCAUUCGGCUCUUGUGCUGUCUAGAAAAGUACCCCACUCCGUCCGUGGAAUCAAUGUAAGUAAUUUGAACUAGUAAUUGUAUUACUGAGAGUAUACAUUUAAGGUUGAAUUCUUGAUCUGAAUGAAAAAUACCCCUCCGUCAUGUUGUAAUAGAGAGA